UAUCAAAGCCUGUCAAUGCCAUGACGGGGAAAGGUUUUUUUCUCUCAAGUAGCCCCGUAUACUAACCACAAGAGAUCAAUCAGCAUGAACACGAUAGAGCGCCAAAUUCGUUGUUAUAUCUUCUUUCUCAAACUGCAAAUUACUCCGUUCAGCUGAAGCUGGUUAAAUAUUUUUAUACGAUAAAACAUAACAUGUUUACUCCAUCGCGGCUAAUAGGCGACCUUCCCAACCCCCGCAUCAAGCCUCCAGUCAAUGACAAACUCCAUCGCGCUAAGCAGCGCCACAGGCGCGAGUUAACCAAAACUCCAUCGUGGCCCAAUUCAAUCAGCAAAACAACAAUCAAACAACAAUCAAUCCCCCGACGCUACCCUAAACGAGGGCUGCUGUUAUAUCAACCUCCUUCCUUCUCUUCCAUCCGAAUCUCUACCUAACCAGCCCUCCUAUACACCCCCCGCCACUGUCAGAACCUCCAUCACGAGGGGCCAUGAACCCUCAUAUCUCAGUACCCCGGCAGCAUGCCGGCCCAGCCAACUUCGGCAGCACAGCUCCGCGGCGGGAAUCGUCGAUACGCAUGCCCAGAUUUUUCCGGAGGCUAUUUAAAUUCCCGCAGAUGGAUUUUGAAAUGGCGAUUUGGGAAAUGACGUCGCUGCUUAUUGCGCCUAAAAAGGUGUUCAAGUCUAUGUAUUAUCAUAAACAAACGAAAAACACUUGGCACCGCCCCGAUCCCUCCUUUACAUACCUACUUUCCUUCUUCCUCCUCCUCACAGCCCUUGCCUGGGGUCUAGCAUACACCCCAUCAUUCGGCGCCAUAGUCCGAUUAUCCUUCCUCUUCAUAUUCGUCCACUUCAUCGGCUCCUCGCUCCUCGUCUCGACACUAACAUAUUUCUUCAUUGGCCGGCUGUUUGGACCAGGUGGGCCGGCCGCGAGAAUCGGCGAGUGGAGGGGUGGCAGGACUAUACUGGGGAGGACGAGACGGCGCGGCGCGGCGGGCGGGUUAUUUGCGCAACCUGGUGAGAAGGAGCAGGUUGAGUUUGGAUAUUGUUUUGAUGUAUCGAACCGCGCCUUCUUCCCACUCUACCUCCAUCUAUACGUUCUGCAGUUCCUCCUGCUUCCAAUCCUCACACGGAAAAACUCCUCCGCCUCAGAAUCAUCACCCAGUACACUUGCCACGGUCCUCGGAAACACACUGUACCUCUCCGCGCUGACAUAUUACACCUACAUCACUUUCCUGGGUUAUAACGCCCUGCCAUUUCUCCACCAUACGGAACUAUUACUUGCUCCCAUUCUUAUUCUUGCAGCACUGUGGCUGGUUAGUCUGAUAGUGGGCUGGGGGAUAGUGGGGCAGGGGAUGGCUGUGGAAGGGUUGUUUUGGGGGGUAUGAAAGCGUUUUAAUGAACCAUUCUUGACAAACGAUGUGCCAUGAAAAUGGGGCCGGUCUGUGAUGGGCUUUUUUUGGUGGGAUUGAACAAGAAGAAGAAAAAGAAGAAGGAGAAGGAGAAGAAGAGAACAUGAAGAAUGCGUACCUCGAAAGAAAAGAAGGGAUGGGUGCAAGAGAGGCAAAUCAUUGAACUAUGAAAGUAUGAAUAUCUGCCGCUGGUGCGUGCCCAAACUAACGGAUACUAGUGUUUCCAUAUCUCCCUGGGUGUGCGAUAGAUGCAUGUACCCUAUGCUAUGUAUUCCCAUUUAUUCCUAAUAGGGGAUCAAGUACUUACUACUUGCUUUUGUGCGUUUUAAAUUUUCUAUUAUUUAGCUGGGUUGGCGGCGUAUCUUUCUUGGUUUUUGAUUUUGAAAUUCUAUUAUUACAUUACAAACCCAACUAGCCCGGCGGCUAUGGUCAUAUAUUCUUGUCUUAUUGUUUUGUCGAAUAGAUCAAGUCGGAACUACAGUGUAGCAACUGACCUCAAUUGACUUUCUUAUGGUCAACUAAUACACACCUGUGCAUCGCCACUAGAUGAUGGCUACUUCGUUGCACAGGAGGCUACCACGGAGCUUGGAAAACUUCGUUAACCAAACCCCAAGGGGCUCUUGGGAAGCGUCAAGUUAGGCGCAGUGGGUAUGUAGCUGAGUCCCUAACGACUCCACGUCACCAUAAUUCGUCGUUGGGGCGAAAAAACCACAACGGAAAAUUAAGUGAGGGCUUCGAAGAAGAUAUUGCAGACAGGAAGAGAGAGGAGAGGAAAAGUCUAAUAAUGACGACGUAGGGUUCGCAAUGAUCCCUCCUGACCAAAAAAUAUAUAUAUUCAAUUUGGCUACAUUUGUCCCCUCUCGCCCUUCCCGGCCCUUCCCCCUAUUCUCCUUUUUCAUAUAUCCCAGUAUAAAAGGGUGGCUGCUAUGGGGGCGGAAGUUUUUCGUAUGAAUGAAAGCUCG